AUGUUCCUUUCAGCCACCACAAUAGUGGUCGUGUUAUGCGCCAUAUCAGGCUCCCUGGCACAAAACCUGUCUCGAGAUCCCAUUGGAAUCGGACCUGUGCCAGAACUGAUACACCUGUACUACGAUGAGUGGCCGACAGGCAUCGCAGUUUCCUCGUCAGGCCGCAAGUUCUCAAACUAUCCCCUCGGCCUUGACGCAACAAACACCAAGUACCAAGUGGCAGAACUCACCGGUAACAGCACAGAGACGGCAUACCCCAACUCCCAGAUCAACAGCCCUCCCGGCGGCGCCAUCGACUACAGCAAAUUCCCAGCACAGUCCAAGGGUCUCGCCGACCACCUCAUCGGCGUUCAAAGCGUGGUGGUCGAUGCCAAAGAUCGUCUGUGGAUCCUCGACACCGGCCGCGCUCUCUUGCCCAACGGCACCCUGACGACCUCCCAGUACGGCGGGCCCAAGCUGGUCGGCGUCGACCUGGCCAACAACACCGUCUUCCGGACGAUCCUGUUCCCGCCUACCGUCUCGUAUCCGGACUCGUACCCCAACGACGUUCGCUUCGACCUGCGCGCCUCCGUCACCGGAUCGGGUCAGGGGAUAGCGUACAUCACCGACUCGUCGUCCGAAGGUCGCAACGGCAUCAUCGUCGUCGACCUCGGCACGGGCGAGUCGUGGCGCCACCUCGAAAACAUCCCGCAGGUGCGACCGAAGCCAGGUUUCUUCGUCACCGUCUGGGGCGAACCCGUGUACAGCAACCCGGGGAACGGCAAGCCGGUAUCUCGUCUCGCGUUUGGGUCCGAUGGAAUCACCCUCUCCAACGACGGCGAGACUCUGUACUUUAGCGUCGUCUCAGGCCGGCACCUGUACGCGGUGCCCACAGCGCGGUUGCGCGACCGCAGCGCCUCCAGUGAGCUGUUCGCUCAAGCCUCUGUCGUGGACUUGGGCCAGAAAGGCGUCAGCGACGGCUUGGAGAGCGAUAGUAACGGGAUCGUGUACGGAGGGAGCGUCGAGACAGAUUCGGUCUUUGCGUUCGAUCCGGCCAAUGGCACCGUACAGACCUAUGUCCGCGACGCGAGGAUCGAGUGGACAGAUACCUUCUCGGUCAGUGGGCAGUACCUGUACUUCACCGAGAACCAGCUCUGGAGGGGCCCCAGUCAACAAGGGGGUGUCGAUCGGAGAGUCAAGCCCUAUGCGCUGUACAGGGUGCCUUUACUUAAUAAUGGGACCAAAAUUGAGUUGGUGUGA